AGCAGAGAAGGCGGAAGUAGGGGCGUCUGCGGCUGGGGCUUGUGCUCCGGGCGGCUCGGGGUCGCAGCUGAAGCGGCCUUCGGGUAGGGAGAUUGGCUUCCAGGUCUCCUCAGCUCGGAGUGAGGAGCCUUGGCGGAGCCGAGUCGUGCUGCCGGCUGGAGUCGGCGGCCCAGCGGACGAAAGCGCAUCUAAGCUUCACCCACUGCCUCUCCAGCCAGAACAGUGCCUCUUCCUUUGUAGAUCUUUUGAGAAGAAGGUGUCUGGAAAAAGAAGGAGAGCAAUUGAUAGUCACGUUACUAUGAGUCUGCUAAAUUGUGAAAACAGCUGUGGAUCCAGCCAUUCUGAAAGUGACUGCUGUGCUGCCAUGACCAGCUCCUGUAGCGCUGCUGCAAAAGAUGACAGUGUGAGUGGAACCGCCAGCACAGGGAAUCUCUCCAGUUCUUUUAUGGAAGAGGUCCAGGGGUAUGAUGUGGAGUUUGACCCACCCCUGGAAAGCAAGUAUGAGUGCCCCAUCUGCUUGAUGGCAUUACGGGAAGCAGUGCAAACACCCUGUGGCCACAGGUUCUGCAAAGCUUGCAUCAUCAAGUCAAUAAGGGAUGCUGGUCACAAAUGUCCAGUUGACAAUGAAAUAUUGCUGGAAAAUCAACUAUUUCCUGAUAAUUUUGCAAAACGAGAGAUUCUUUCUCUGAUGGUGAAGUGUCCAAAUGAAGGUUGUUUGCAGAAGAUGGAACUGAGGCAUCUUGAGGAUCACCAAGCACACUGUGAGUUUACUCUCAUGAAUUGUCCCCAGUGUCAACGUCCCUUCCAAAAAUGCCAGCUUAAUAUUCACAUUCUUAAAGAGUGCCCGAGGAGACAGGUUUCUUGCAUGAACUGUGCUGUGUUGAUGGCAUUUGAAGAUAAAGAGAUCCAUGACCAGAAUUGUCCUUUGGCAAAUGUCAUCUGUGAAUACUGCAAUACCAUGCUCAUCAGAGAACAGAUGCCUAAUCACUAUGAUCUAGACUGUCCGACAGCCCCAGUUCCAUGCACUUUCAGUACUUUCGGUUGUCAUGUAAAGAUGCAGAGGAAUCACUUGGCUCGCCACCUGCAAGAGAACACGCAGUCGCACAUGAGAAUGCUGGCUCAGGCUGUCCAGAGUUUGAGCCUUGCUCUAGCUCCUGUACCUCCGUGCGAUAUGCCGCCGUACGAUUCCUCCUCCGUGUCCCGGGUCUCCGCAUCGUGCCACCCAGAGGUCCAUAAUUUCCAAGAAACCAUUCAGCAGUUAGAGGGUCGCCUCGUAAGACAAGACCAUCAAAUCCGAGAGCUAACUGCUAAGAUGGAAACUCAGAGCAUGCACGUAAGUGAGCUCAAACGAACGAUUCGAACGCUCGAAGACAAAGUUGCUGAGAUAGAAGCGCAGCAGUGCAACGGGAUCUACAUCUGGAAGAUCGGCAACUUCGGGAUGCACCUGAAGUCUCAGGAAGAGGAGAAACCCGUUGUCAUUCACAGCCCUGGCUUCUACACGGGCAAACCCGGGUACAAACUGUGCAUGCGCCUGCACCUCCAGCUACCCACUGCUCAGCGCUGCGCUAACUACAUAUCCCUCUUCGUGCACACAAUGCAAGGGGAGUAUGACAGCCACCUCCCUUGGCCCUUCCAGGGUACAAUACGCCUUGCGAUCCUUGAUCAGUCUGAAGCGCCGGUAAGGCAAAACCAUGAAGAGAUCAUGGAUGCCAAACCCGAGCUUCUCGCCUUCCAGAGACCCACGAUCCCACGGAACCCAAAAGGCUUUGGCUACGUGACUUUUAUGCAUCUGGAAGCCCUAAGACAGAGAACCUUCAUCAAGGAUGAUACUUUAUUAGUACGCUGUGAGGUCUCCACCCGCUUCGACAUGGGCAGUCUCCGGAGGGAGGGUUUUCAGCCACGAAGUACUGAUUCAGGGACAUAGCUUCCCUGCAUUUGUUCCAAAACCAAAAGCCAUCUGGAGAAAGCAGUGUCUUUCCUUGCCUGGUUCUCAGUAAGACGCAAACCGAAAAAGUAGUGGGAGGGAUGUGAUGCUCACCAGGGAAUGUUGUUCGACGGGUCACUUACCACUUCUUCCUGUUACAAAUCUCUGAAACAGUUUCCCCCCCCUUGGGAAUCUACACGUUCUGCGCUUUCUCAAAAACUGAAGUGCCUGUGGCACACGGCAGCAGCUCUUUUGCCAUUUAGUAUACCUCUCUGUUGUGCCUCCGUGGGCUUUUGCUCAGUGUGUUUGAUUGUCAGAAAGCCCAGGGUUGGACUAGAAAAGCUCAGACCUUUUAAUAAUAAUGGACAUUCCUUAAAACUUCAGCUUAUUUUUAUAUUAUAUGUAAUAUAUUAAACUUGAGAAUCACUACUGCCUCGUGCUGGUGCCAGCGAGAAUUAUUACUCUGGAGCUGAGUUCUCAUUUUAUUUGACCUUGUACGGAUUUCAGAGGAUUUGAACCUUAAUCUUGGAAAGCUCAAAUUCUCAUUCACUCUAGCCCCCCUACUCCUUGGGUGUUACUAAGGGUAUACAGAAACUAGUUUAAACCCUAAAUAUAACUUUACUUAUUUGGUGUAAACACCUUGUCUUCUUGUUUAAAUAUUCCAUUCUGUCUGGCUUACAUAUUUCCUUAGGGCUACAGGUAGCAUCUUCUCCAGAGUUCAGAAUACUGACAACCAUGUGGGUACUGACUGCCCAGUGUUAUGCUGUAAAUCCCUCUCUGUCUGUUCAGUGCAGAGUGAAUUCCACAGAAGGUACUGAACACCUUUUGGUAGUUGUUAAAUGGAAUGAAACUGAUUUCCUAAACACAGAAUUUCUUAAUACUUGGAAGAUCACUGGAGAUAACCUGAGAGGUCAUCAGAUCAAGGUGUAAAGUCACAGUGGUUCUUUCAGGACUUAGCCUGAGUAGGUUGCUUUGGUCCAACAAUACUUAGUUGAGGAGGGUUGUGUGGAAUGUAUUGAAGUGGCUGAAAGUUUCUAAUAGGGAGAGAUGAUUUUUUGUGCCGUUGAUUUGUUAAGGCCUAUAGAUGCUAAAUAUUACGGUGAAAUUUUGUUCUCAGGGAGUCCCACAGCUAGUAUAGGCUCUUAGAAGAAUCUGAGAGGACCCAUACUCUAUGCUGUUUACACAAGAUUGUUUAAUGCUGUCUGGUCAUGAGAGAUGGAAUUAUAUCUUUCAAGGGGCCACAUCAGAGCUCCCUGACCAGCAUUGAAGAUGCGCCUUAAUUUCAAGAGGAAGCCAACGGGACCUUGUCUGUGGAGAAGAAUGGUUUCAGUUCCAGGUAAACCGAGCAAGUGUCACUUUGACCUUUCCUUGUACUUGUGUUUCUGCCCUUCCUCUCUAUCCCACAUUUAGGCUUCUGCUCUGAUGCGUUCAGGUUACACAGUAAAAAUAAAGGUCAUGCAGAAAUCCUGUUCCCCAGAGUUACCAACCUUACCACCUGUUCAUCACUGGUUCCCAGUUUACUUGCUGGCAGCUGGUGUCCCUUAGCCGUUGUGCCUUGCAACUAGCUCCUGAGAACUUGCAGCGCUCCCCUCUGGGUUGGGAGUCCUGCACUGCUACUGUUCUUGAGCUUGUUUGUCAGUGAAUAAUUGUUGAGUUCCAUUUAAGAAGUAAACGAUAAGCUUUUUUUGUUGCAUAGAAGAAGUCUGAAGGAGAUACGCUGAACUAUUUUUGAUAACUUAUAGUCUUUGUGGUUUCUUAGUAUGUUUUAUAUUUUCUACAAUAAACCUAUAUUUUUAUAAGAGGGAAAAAAAAAUGUUGCCACAAAUCAUUCAACCCCACCAAAAAAGGAAAUACUCUUUAAAAACUUCCUGGUCAAAUUUCUAUUAAAAGCAGGGCUGUGCAUUAGGUACUGAAGCCAGUCAUUUCCUGCUUUGGUCAGUUUUUUUUUUUUUUUUUUUCCUCCUACUCUCUUUAAUCCAAACAAAAACCGUUUUUUGCCUAAUUUCAACUUCUAGCUUCAAGUUUCUCAUCUUGUAGAAUGAGUUGCUGUAGAUGUGUUUCUAAGGUCCGCUCCAGCCAUAAAAUUCUGUUUUAAGAAAUUAAGUCCUAACCAGCAGAGCGUUGGCAAUACUUAUUAAAGGAUUUUGCCAGUAGGAAAUUGCUCUACCUCAUUUUUUGCUGACCUAAUACUUUACUUCAAACGUAGUAUCCCGUCAGCUGGGUCUCAAUUCACAUCAGCAGGUUUUUUUCAACAUGUGGCAUUUUGUAAGAAACCAGGCACUUUAUAUACUGGUCAUUCACUGGGAAUAGAAAAUGAAAGUAAUGUUCAAACUGUCAUUCCAAAUAGAAAUUUUUGUUAAGACCACCUCAGAAUCAAGCCUGAGACGGAAAAGCCGGUCUCUUAGAUUUUUCCAGUCUGCCCACCUCAAACAUGCCGGCUUCCCUCAGCCAGCUUUCAAGUGUUUGCACCAUGUGUUUUUAUUUUAUUAACCUUUGAACGUGUUGAUCUUCUGACAUCAUUCCCAAACACAGCGAAAUCGUUUCCUUUUUUCCCAGAGAGGUCUAACCCAGUGUUGGAGGGAACUGGCCGCAAGUCAUGUAUUUGGCUGUGGGAAAACAAGUCAGGAUGUUGAUUAGUAGUUCGGGAGUUUUUACUGUCCUUUGGCCGGGACAGCGGUGAAGCUUCCAGCUAUCAUACAGGAUGAAUCAGCUUUUACUGUGGGGGCCAGUCAAGGGAAAUGGAAUAAAAGACGAGUUUUUACCUCUAAUGAUGGGCUAAUACAGAGAUGUUGGAUGAUAUCUGACAGUUUUGUGACAGGUGUAAAAUUAAGGUCUCUAUUACUGUUUCUGUACGGAAAUGUACAGAAGUCUUAGAUAAACUAAGAUAAACUGUAAAGUCUUAGAUAAACUAAGCAGGAAUUAAGAAUUAGGAAUUAUGCAUGAAAUUAGAAUAUAUUCUCCUGUAAGAGGAGCAGUUACUUGUCAUUCCUUUAUCCAGGGAACCCUCUGAUCUCUGGUGACCGGAAAACAUUUUCAAUUAGGAGAGAGGUUUUUCUAACUUAAGCCUUGAAAGCACUGUACUUCAGUUACUCCAGCUCUCUUCUUGGCUUGCCUCAAUUUAAUUAUGAAUUUCGCUCAUCAUUUAUAUAAAAUACCAUUAGGUGUCUUUUGUGGUGCCUAGUUCCAACAGAACCUAAGGACUGCAAUGCCUUAAAGAAAUGAAAAAUAGGCAAUAGUCACUUGUACUUUUCUUUUGAAAUAGAUUUUUUCCCUAAAUUUUCCAGAUUCACAUGAUAAGCUACAGUAAGUUUCACAGUUGCUGCCAUUGCGUUCUAUAGAACGGAGUUGACACUUCCAAAUUCCCAGUCUCCAGAAGUUGAUUUGAUGAAAUCAUUAAUUAGAUAGCUCUCUACAGAUUGUGAUGUUCAAUUACAGCCUUCACUUUCAGUCACACGCUUGGCAAAGAGAGGCCUAUUUGAUUCUCUAAAUGUCACCUAAACCUUUAAUGUUUUAAAGCUUUUUCCUCCCCCAAAAUUGUUGUUAUAAAGUUAUGAAAUACUGAAAAAUCAUUCUAGAUGGGGCAGGCAUGUUGUAGAGCGAGGAGAUGUGCUCUUUUCUUUCCUCCUCAAAGUGCUCUCGGCUGGACGCUAGCCCCGUGUUAGGACAAGAGGGAAGGAGAGGCUGACUCUUCUGCUCCCUCAAGACUUGCAGCUCUGAAUGCCCCCGCUGGAAAGGCACGGGAGAACUGUGGCAAUUCCCCCUUCCCAGCUUUGGUUUCUGAAAGGAAGAGCCUUCUCCUGUUAGAGCUGCCUUGCCUCUGCCAGCUGAUGGCCUUUAUCCGCGUCCUUGCAGGUAGAUUUCAGGGUAAGAGCUAAGGGCCAAUGGGAAGAAGAGCACACGGAUUCCGGUAUUUCGAGAAAGAAGUGCUUGCUGCCAGUCUUAGAGGCACAGAAUGACAGUUUCACUCCCGUCCGAAGGAGAAUGAAAAUUGGGGGGCAGGGCCAGUGUUCUGUUCAUGGUUUCAACACGGUGCCGGGUCCAAGACACACAUUCACAUGUUUAGUAAUGAACUGUUAAUGAAAAAACUGGUUAAAUUGGUUUUAAUUGAAUUUAAAUUGGUUUUAAUUUAAUUGGUAGUUUAUUUGUCAUGUAAGUUUCGGAUGGCUCGGUGUAGAUGGGUUUGGUUGUUUUGUUCUGUUUUGUUGCUUUUCUCCCCAGCGCUUUCUUUAUGAAAUUUUUCAAACAUGCAAAGAGGUUGGAUGAAUUUUGUAGAGAACAGCCACCACCUAGAACCUACAAGUAACAUUUUGUAACAUUAGCUUUAUUGCUUCAUACAUGUUAAUUUUAAUGACACUUCUUCAAGUUUGGUUUCUCUUUAAAAACUUUGCUAAGAUAAUUAGCUUCAGUCAAGUCGUCUUAAACUCUUUGGGGAAACUUGUGGUAUUUGAGUUGUAGCUAGAAUUGUGGUCUUCACUUUCAGCUAGUUUUCAGCUUGUAAAUCUGUUAUGCUGAAUUUUAAUCUUAUUUAUUUUGCCUGAAGGGAUGCUUUUCAUAAUGGAUUUAUUUGAAAGUUCUUGAUCAGUUGUGCAGAAUAUUCUAAUGUUAUUUUCACACUUGAUAAAUUAUCCAAUUAAUUUCUCUGGUGAGAAUGUAAUUUUUGGCCCAUUUUGCUUACACAGGGUUCCAGGAUUAUAUUCCCAGAGGGCUGGAGAAGCAGUGUAAUUUAGCAUAUAUACCAUUAAAUUAGAAGCUAAGAGACUUAGGUUUUACUCCUGACUGACCAUGGGCAAAUCAUUUCUCUUUGUCUUUGUGUCUGUCUAUUUACCUGUAAAGAGUGGGAUAGAAUCUGAAAUUUAGAUACAAUUAAGUAACGGGCAACAUUUAUUAAUGCUUGGAUCUAUUAAGAAAGAGGGUUUAUGAAUCCAGGGAGGCUACUAUAAUUCUGUAACUGUAUGCCAAGCUAUGGGGUGAAAACUGACGUGAAAAAUGGAAGCAUGUGCAAUGGUCAAUGUCAUCAAAAAGCCUGCUAUGGCUCAGAAUUUACUUUUGCUACAGGAGUUGUGAGCAGUUUUCUUAAUCUGUCUGAACUCAAAAUAAUGAAGAGCAGGAUGCGUGGAAGGGAGGGCUUAAAGUCAUUAUCCAGAUUCACUGCCACACACCGUUCACUGCCCCCUCCAACCAUCCCUACAUCCCCAUGCCCAACACAGAGAACAAGCCUCCCUCCCUCCCCACCCCCACCGUGGUCUCCCAUCAGGUCAA